CUGAAAUUCGUCAUGAGGAAAACAAAUUCCUUUCCGCUGGGGAAAAGUUACUUGCACUUUAAUUUUCAGUGUUUGAGCUGGCUUGGGAUAUGGAACCCGUACGAAGGAGGACUGAAGUACUGGCUUUAUCAAGUUUAUUGGGUGUACGUUAUUAGUGUAAUAAUGGCAAUGAGACUAAUGAACAUAUUGGUGCGAGGAAUUAAUGCCGAGAAUUCAGCCCAAUUUCUUCAAGAAUUUUCAAUGCUGGCCGUGGAAACAGCUGACACCAUCAAGUAUAUCGCAUUUUUAUUUCAUCGAGCUGAAGUAUUGGAGUUGUCCGAGGCAUUCAAUUGGGAGAGACACUUGUUAGGGACUAAUGAAAUUACACAGUACCGAAACACAGUGCUCACUAGUUCAUUGAGUUCUUCCAAAACAUUCACCAUUACCAUCAUGAUCACUCUCAUCCAAUACUUCACGUUUUCGUUCUACUCCGCAUUCUGUGAGGCUGAUUAUAAAGCGGAAAGACUUCCCAUAAGUGUUGCACCGAUGAAAUACUGUUUCGUACUAACGAAUUUCUGGGUUGCUUUCAUCAGUGACUACCUAACAUUCACUCUACUGGGCCUGAUUGCCGUUGCUCAUGAUGCAUUCAUCAUGGCUGUGAUGAUAAAUGUCGAGGCGCAAUUGAAGAUACUUAAUUUUCGGUUGGAACGAUGUCAUCUGACAAAUCAUCACAAUCAUGAUGCCACCAGAAAUGAUGUCGAUCCAGUUGUCAUUCAUUUCGAGUGCGUUGAAAGGUGCACUCAAAAUGCACUCAAUCUAAAUGCAGAACUUAUCAAUUGUAUCAAAUUUCAUCAACAAAUUGUGAGGAUAUUGCGAAUAUUCAAAAAAAUUUAUGACAACGCCCUCCUACCCCAGCUAUUCAUCAGUUUAUUACUAAUCACCGCACUUCUAUUACAGAUGAUUCUGGGCAGGGAAAGUAAUAAUACUGAUGCCGUAGUCGCGCUAGGAUUCUUGAUUCCGGUUAUACUGCAAUUACUGACAUUCUGCUGGGGUGGCAACAUCAUCUUGGUUGAGAGUGACAGGUCAAGCAAUUCACUUUACGUGUCUCAUUGGUACACCAGAGACAGAGAAUUUCGAGAUAAUGUGAAAAUAUUUCUCGGUGCUAUCAGAAAUCCGUUGAUUGUCAGGGCUGGUGGUUUGUGUGACUUGUCAGCAGUUACUUUCAAAAAUAUCAUCAGCAAAGCUUAUUCUGGAGUGGCAGUUCUACAAAAUAUGCAGAAUGAAUGA